AUGCCCCCGACGCCGCUGAAUAGCUAUGUGGACGAGCUGUCUCGGUACACGGAAGCCUUCACGUCUGUAGCGGGCAAACCGCAGCAACUCAUCAUUGUCGGUGAUCGUGUCUACUGGACGCAGGGCAAGCACCAGGAGCUGUUCUCGGCGCCAGUCGGUGUGGAAGCCGCCGAGGCUGUCCGUGUCAUCGCCUCGGAGGAGCAGGAAGUCGCAAAAGAGAAGAAACUCACCAAAGAGGAGGAAAUGCUUCGCGAGCGGACGCGCAGCCAGACGACGGGCAUCAAGAAUUUUCACGUUCGCCACAGUGAUGGCGCCAUCUUCUACACAAGCGGCGUCGACAUGUAUGUCUACUACCAGAACGGGCCACGUGCUGGCAAGGCCCCUCUGAAGCUGUUCGACUUCAUGUCGGAGGACAACAAGGCGCACCUCAAGGCGAUGGGCAACAAGCCCAACCUCUUUGUGCAGCCUAUCGAGUCCUUUGAUGAGUUGCAUCCGAGCGACCACACCAUCAUGACGUUUGUCAACAACAACAAUGUGUACAAGGCGACUCUGCACGAGAACCCCGAGUGCGAGGGGGUGCCACUGACCGUCUCUGUGGAGCAGAUCACGCACAUCGGCGACGACCUGCACCAAAGCGGCGUGGCGGAUUACAUUAUCCAGGAAGAGUUCUUGCGGUAUACGGGGCACUACGCGACGGACCGGUACGUUGUCUUCUCCUACAUCGACUCCUCCCGCAUGCGAUCUGUCGCCCUCCUCAGCAGCCUGGGGGCUUCUGAGGUGCCAGCAGUGGAACCGGCGUCGCUGUCCUAUGCGACAGAGAUAGAGGAGAUGCCGUACCCCCGCGUCGGUGACUCAAACGCACGCACAACACUCGUCGUGUACGACACCGCCACGAAGCAGAUGCGCCUGCUCCCUGACGCUGCAAUUCAUAAAGUGGCACCGUGGACGGAGUAUAUUCUUCGCUUCGGCUUCAAAGAUGCAGACACGCUCUACGUAUCGGUCCUGAGUCGCGCGCAAGAGGACUACGCGGUGAUGAGCUGCCUGAUCGCAUCGCUACCCGUCAUCUCCAAAGAGGAAGACCUGCAGGCUCUCUACAGUGACAAGGACGGCAAAACCACGGAAAAAAUUAUUUGUGAUGCCGUCAUGCCGGAGCUGCACGUGGAGUGGCAGCAGCACAUUGGCUUUGCGUGGGUGGAGUGCCAGCCCGGGCCGCCAAUACACUACGGCAAGGCGUACGACGUGCUUUGUCGCCACGCAGCAGAGACAGAGACGGCGCACUAUCACCUCUACGCUCGUCCCACCGGCGCCUGCGAUCCAGAGGCAUGGAAACCGCUGACGGCGGGAGCGUGGAACGUGUGCCCAGGUCUGCAGCAUGUGUCUGAGGACCGCGUGUACUUUCUGGCCAACGCUGAAGGGCGCCUGAAGCGCACGCUCUACUCCGUGCCGCUGUCGCUGGAAAACGCGCCGCACAACGCCGACGCACUGACGCGCCUCACCCCGCUGGACGAGCACGUCUACAGCUACUGUGUCAAGGGUGAUCAUCUCUACUAUGUCUCUAGCACCGCAGCUACACCAGCGAAGCUCUACGCGAGCUGCGUCUCAUCACCGCAAAAGAGAACGCAAGUCACCGCUCCGUCGCGGAUUGCCACAGCGCCCGGAGUCGAUCCCGCAGUAACAGCGGAUUUGACCCAGAACUUUGCAGGCCUGCCUGUCGUGACUCCAAAAAUUGUGACCGUGACGAGCCGUCGUGGGGUACCACUGAGUGCAGCGGUUUUUAUCUCGCCCAGCGCCCCAACGGAUGCACCAGGGCCACUUGCUCUGUUUGUCUACGGCGGACCACAUGCGCAGCUUGUAUUCGAGAACGACUACGAGACUCGUUGCAAGGCCACGGUGCAGGUGCUGCUGCAGCACGGCGUCUCCGUUGCCGUAGUGGACAACCAAAUGAGUAACGCCAAUGGGCUGCGCGACUUAAGCAUCUGCAAGAGGAACUUGGGCAGCUUCGAGACAAACGACUACGUCGAUGUGACGCAGUACCUUUGCAAUGCACCGGCGUCCGAGAGUGGUCUUCCCGCCAGCUUUCGCGUCGACGCGAAGCGUGUGGCAAUCUUUGGCUGGUCCUACGGUGGCUAUGCAACCCUGCUCGCCAUGUGCCAGGCGGCCGAUAUCUUUCGGAUAGGCUUCGCCGGUGCGCCAGUUGGCGACUGGAAGCUCUAUGACACGGGCUACACAGAGCGCUACAUGGGAACCCUCUACGAAGACGGCGACGCUGGCAGCGGCGCAUCGCGAAUGAGGAACGAGGCGUACAUGACGUCGACCAUCAGUCACUACGCCUGUGGCUUUCCCGAUGAGUGCAACCGUCUCUACAUUGCACACGGCCUUCUCGACGAGAACGUGCACUUUGGCAACAGCUGCCACGUGGUGAAGGCAUUAAUAGACAACUCCAAACCGUACAGCAUGCUGAUAUACCCCGGAGAGCGCCACAGUCUGCGCCAGAACCACCAAUCACGCCUGCACCACGACGCACUGCUCGUCAAGACACUAGAAGAGCAGCUCUAG